UCCCUAUCCCCUGCCAUGAACCGCAGUUUUGACUCUUACUUUGGACCACCAUCGCAGCCCAUCAAUGUCGCAGAGUUUUUACAGCAAGCAAACUCUGAACUACUAUCAGAAUCCUUUACAAAUGCCUCAUGGGAGCAACUAACUCCCGAGCAUAGAAAUGCCGUCGAAGCAGAGAUUAAUGAAAGCGUAGUAUUUCAGACCUCAAGUCAGUCUCUUGAUCAAGUAUGGGACAACCCUGUAUUGUCAGCGCACGUACGGCGCCAACACGAGUCUACAGUAGCAUCCGUGCGCGACCAAGCGGAUGUACCGGCACCAAAAGGAAGAAAGCGCAAACGCGAUAUCGCUCCAGAAGGUAGCGAAUCUACCCCAGAAGUACUACAACUACAAGAGGAGCUUGACGCUGUCAACCUCAGAUGUUGGGGAUUAACCGUGGAGUCGGCGCUUUGUAUGCGUGCUGCUAAAAAUUCUGACUACAACGCGCUUGACGCACCCAAGAAGAUGGGAACAGGCAUCCUCCAUACCCUUGAUCACGGGGACGUCGGCGCAACACGUAGCUCGACACCAGACUCCCUCAGGGGCCACAGCCCCGAUGUAAAUUCACAUCCAAACGCUAUCAUUUCGCUAACAGUUUAUAAUCGCAUUACGUAUCUUCCAAGUUGCCUGACGCGCUCCUCACAAUACGCCGUACUGUCAACGCAAACAUUGGCUGACCUACUGCGCGUCCUGCCGUGCGCCUCCAGUAAUAUACCAAUAGAAGUGUUAGAUGCCGAGGGAGAUGUAUCAGGCUAUAAUGUCACCGAUCAAAUAGGGGAGCAUGCCGGGUGUUUGUUCUGCAUCGAAGACCUUGUCUACGGAGACGGGAGAGAAACCGCCGAUUACGCACAAAAACUAAUAGCCCACUUCCACAAACUCCCCGAGGACAAACGUCCGCAAAUAAAAACAGCACCGACCUCUGCCAGUGAAACUACCUUCAACGCGCUCACACUGAGAACCCACCAACCUUACUGGAUACUGCAUCAAGGCAACUGUGAACAUUUCUUCGUCAUCGACCAGAUUAGGCAUGCACCAUUCCGUUUUAACUCCAUAAAAUCCCUGAAUAUCAUAUACAGACUCCCCCACGCCUCAGAUCCACUAUCAGGCUAUCCAUUGAUGCUCCACCUCACUCCAACGGUUCAAGAUCUCUGCCGUGCCUGUGGGAAAGUCCCAGCCGUACAUUCUAUUGUGGGUGACAUGCGUCUCGGUGAAAGUCCGUGCCUCUUGUGCGCACCUUGUUGGCGCAUGAUGGGUCCUCCCAAAAAUGAUGAAGGCGUGAUGGUUGUACCCCUCGUAAUACCUUUCGUAAAUCACUAA